AGAUCCGAAUACGCCCCUUCCGACUGGAUGUGUGUUUCACGGGCGGUGGAAUGGAAUAUUGGAACCAACUUGGUGGAUCAAGAUUCACGAACCACUAUAAUCGCUCAACUUUCAUGGGCUGUGCGUUAAUAGCUUUCUGUUCGACAUUCACAUUUACUCGAAAUCUUCACCAGGCACACGAGUAAAACUGUUUGGAGUUUCGCCAAACGUUACAACCAAAAGAAAAAAAACAGUCCUUUUUGAUUAGGCCUAUGCACCGAGAGGGGGAGCACGUUGAUGUUCAGUCUACACUUCAAACCAGUGCUUCUGUGCUGUACCUCAGCGGCCGUGAGGAAUGCGUUACUAAAGGAUGUAGGUCUUGCCGAUUUCUCCGGCUGUUUUUGGGAUGUAUUGAUGGCCCAACGGUGAUCUAUUAUUUCUCUUUAAUGGGAUUCCGCGCCAAAUUACGCACGAAAUACAACGAUCUUCGGAAGUGGAAUGGAAAUGCCCUCCCGAUGCUGCAUUCCUAGCCGACGUUAUGAACCAUGCUUAGUACAUAUUACAAGGAUUUCUCAUUUAGCAUGUCCAUAGAUCCUCAAUUAGUUCAUAAUGAAUACCAUUCAUCUUGAUUUGGAAUAAAACGGAAACCAAUUCAACCGUGAAGAGUGAGGUUUUGCGGUUCCGACGUUUUUAGUUUUUUUAUCUAUUCAUCAAAUCUCAAAGGAUUUUAGAUGGAGCUGGAGAACAUUGUGGCAAAUACCGUACUGCUGAAAGCAAGAGAAGGUGGAGGAGGCAAGCGGAAAGGCAGGAGUAAGAAAUGGAAGGAGAUCCUCCGCUUCCCCCACAUCCGUCAGUGCACUGAGCUGAGCAACACCAUAGAUCGAGACUACAUGAGCCUGUGUGAGAAGCAGCCCAUUGGCAGACUGCUGUUCCGCCUUUAUUGUGAGACAAGACCUGAACUGCUGCGAUGCAUCCACCUACUGGAUGCCAUGGAUGACUAUGAGCUGGCACCGGAUGAGAAACGAAAAAGCAGAGGAGGUGAAAUUAUCGGGAAGUUCCUCACUAAACAGUCAUCAGAGUGUGUGGAGGCAGCAGAGAGCCUUGCUGAACAGUGUAGAGAGAACCUGGAGCUUCACCCCUGCAAGGAGAUCUUUAGUGACUGUCGCAAGGCUCUCCAUGACUACCUGAAAGGAGCGCCAUUCUCUGACUACCAGAACAGCAUGUACUUUGACCGUUUCCUACAGUGGAAGAUGCUGGAGAGGCAACCCAUAACCAAAGAUACGUUUCGACAGUACAGAGUACUUGGGAAGGGUGGCUUCGGAGAGGUGUGUGCCUGCCAGGUGAGGGCCACGGGGAAGAUGUACGCUUGCAAGAAGCUGGAGAAGAAGCGGAUCAAGAAGAGGAAAGGAGAAGCCAUGGCCCUCAACGAGAAGCAGAUACUAGAGAAGGUCAACAGCAGAUUUGUUGUGAGUUUAGCGUAUGCCUAUGAGACCAAGGAUGCUCUGUGUCUGGUGUUGACAUUAAUGAAUGGAGGCGAUCUGAAGUUCCACAUCUACAGCAUGGGUACUCCGGGCUUUGAAAAGGACCGCGUCCAGUUUUACGCUGCCCAGAUCUGCUGCGGCCUGGACCACCUACACCAAGAAUCCAUUGUUUACAGGGAUUUAAAACCAGAGAAUAUUCUGUUAGACGAUAAUGGACAUAUCCGGAUAUCAGAUCUAGGCCUGGCCAUCAAAGUGCCUGAAGGAGAACCCAUACGUGGCAGGGUGGGAACAGUAGGCUACAUGGCUCCUGAGGUGAUCAACAACGAGCGCUACGGCAUGAGUCCAGACUGGUGGGGGCUGGGAUGUCUUAUCUACGAGAUGACCGCCGGGCGCUCGCCUUUCCGCGCCCGCAAAGAACGAGUGAAGAGGGAGGAGGUGGAGAAGAGGGUGCAGGAGGAAGAGGAAGAGUACAGCGACAAGUUCACGGAGGACACCGAGGCCAUCUGUAGGGCGCUGUUGACCAAAGACCCUAAGCAGCGGCUCGGCUGUACAGUGGAGGGGUCAGCAGCGGUGAAGGCUCAUUGCUUCUUCAAGAACAUCAACUUUAAGAGACUUGAAGCUGGCAUCCAGGAGCCCUCCUUUGUACCAGACCCGCGGGCAGUUUACUGUAAAGAUGUAUUGGACAUCGAGCAGUUCUCUACAGUCAAGGGAGUAAAUCUGGACCAAACCGACAAUGACUUCUACUUCAAAUUUGCUACGGGUUGCGUGUCCAUCCCAUGGCAGCACGAGAUGAUAGACACUGAGUGUUUCAGUGAUCUGAACGUGUUCGGGCCGCAUGGGACCAGAUCCCCAGAUCUAGACUGGAUGACACCACCUGAGCCUCCCCGGCGCAGCCUGCUGGACAGGAUUCUCAGGAGACAUCAUCCAGAUGUGACCAUCGCCAACAGUCGUGUGUCUUCCUGUAGUGUGAACUCGGUGGACUCCAUGUCAAACUCUGCCCCCUAGUGGCCACAGCCCUGUGUGGCGCCAUACAGACAGAGGAGUCUGUAGGAUCUCCUCACUGCUGAUUGGUUUACAUCCGGCCUGACCAGCUGUCAGUCAUCCGGAGGCAUCCCACCCAAGCCCACGGUCAAUCUAGGGGAAAUGCUGACCCAGACCCGGACUUGUGACCCAUGGGGAAUCAUUAGGGGGAUGUUCAAUGACGCAAAGACGUUUUUUGAGAAUGAUGCUCAGACACUUCACUUACCCUCAGGAUCGAUGGAGUAUAGAAGAGCGACUGACGUUGAUGAUGAAUAAGAAGUAAAAACAAAGCUAAUUCAGGGGAUCCACUGUCUAAGAGAAUGACCACCAUAGAUACAAGAUGGGGUCUUUGUUCAAAUGUUGUUGCUGUUUUUUUUAAGAAAUAAAAAUGAAUUGCAUAAAUACACAUUCACACUCAAAUGUACCCUGUAUUUGUUCAUCUGUCUAUACUUCUUUUUCCCUCACUUUUUCUCUAUCUCCCUCCCACUUUCCUUUAUUUUCCAGCUCCACUCCUAUAAUCAAAUGACAACAUCACCAACCUCCAAACACAAUGUGCAUAUUGCCUUGUAUACCCUCAGGCCAAAGAUAUAGUUCAGUAGUGUGUGUUAUUGUUGCCAUAUCGGUCUUUGAGGAUGUGGAGGAUGUAGGGUUGCCUGGUCUUUAUGCAAUCACAGAUUAAACUUGAGUCUGAAACUUUGUUACA